AUUGGAUUCCUGCUUCAGUCGAGUUUAUUCGUUCGUGAGGUGUGGACCGCAAAUUUGGUUGUUCUCGCUCUUACGACUUUCCCGGAUAUUUAUCCACCCAGCGCGGGUUGUAUGUUCAGGUGAUUUGCCAGUCUGAUAAAAUGUUAUCAACAGUGGAUCUAGCGUUCGGGUUUCGCGUUCUGUCGUUACGCGAAUGAUCGGUGUGGUGAAAUUUUAUAACUCUCGUGGGCGACGCCUAUGCAGUACCUAUGCCCAGCUCGACUAGUGCCCACUGCUGGAAUUUGUCGCCGUGGUGAGCAGCAUUGUUUACUUUGAUUAUAUCACACACGGGUACACAAUAGCAUUGUUUUGGCCAUUCACGAAAGUGUGCAGGUGUGUAAGUGCUUUUGUUUUUACAACGUGUCAUGCUGACGGCAUCGGUGGUGCGUUGUGUAGUGUGGGAACUGAGUCUGCGCGCAUAGAGAACCGAAUCGACAGCAGUGUGCAUGCAUGUGGAAGAGCGGGAGAGUCCGCGAGAUCUGGGAGUACCUUUUAUUGCAUAGUGAGGUGCGAAUGGUUGUGUUAAUGAAAGAAUGAAGAAAAAAACAAACGUAGCCAGUAACAACGACGGACGAACAGAAAAUUUAAUUAAGUAAAGGUUAAUGAACACACUGAUUUGGAUGAGCUGUCAGGACAAGUGGGCGAAUCCGCGGACGGAGAAUAGCUACAUUUCCUUAAUCCUACAGAACUCGUGUAGUGAUGAUAUUCAAUACAAUGAUUGAGCCUUCAAGCUAUCAAUAGGAAUACCCGUGUCACGGAACAAGGAAACGAAAUCGUGCAGUUCGAGAUGAUUGUACGCGUUACAACGACAGUCCAUUACUAGCAAAACCAACACUAGUCGAGCAGGCUAAGCGCUACAACAGUUGCACAUGUUUGCGUAUUGAUUUCUAAUAAACACCCUCAAUCGGUUGCUUCGGGUCACUUGGCGCUAGCUCGGAUUGUUUCACAGUCGGCGAAGACGUCGCUAGUGCAACAGAAUUGCAAACACCGCAGAUUUUAAGGUAAAGUUUACCGAUGAUGUGGAAUAUGUGAUGUUUUUCUUUCGACCCGGUCCAACUGGUUUGUUUUAUUGUUGACGGAUUCAAGCGCUGAGACGUGUGAGUUGGAUUGACUGACAAGACAAUUUUCGGUGGUGAGCUAUUCUCGUCUUGCAAAACGGGGCUGUGGUGAAUUCAACAGGGGAUUUAAAUUGUGCUGAAAACGCCAAAAGUGUUAUUAUGGUACGAAAUACGGUUAAAAAGACGAAUAAAGAAAAAAAGUGAAAGGUAUAUAUAUAAUUAUAUGUUGUGAUGCAGAAAAUAGUGCACGUAACCGAACGGGAAAAACAACCAAAAAAAAUCGUUUACCAAGUGUGUCUGUGAGCGGAAGAAGCCAGCAAAAUAAAAAAAAAAGGUGUUUAAGGUCGACUUGAACCCGGUGGCAGAAAUAAAUGAAAUAUUAAUGCGAGCCACGAGUGAAUAAAUCGUUCGUGGAAGAAUUAAGGUUGAAUGUCAGCUUGACAAUGAGUUGAUUAACAGUUGAGCCAGAGUCGUGUGCUAAAUUCAGAAAUAUACUGCAUGCAGAUAAAGUGGAAUGGAUAUGACAACAUUGGAACUACAAAGAUUGACAGACUAAAUUCUUCUCCAAGGACCAUUUCGGGUUGCUUACAAAAUGGCUAGACAAAGGGGCGGCUACCGCUCAUUUUCCGUGCCAGUGAUUUCACAGUCGAUUCGCCGUUCCAACCCAGCAACUUCAGUGCGUGUGACAAACAACCGAACCAUUAGCAGCAUCAGCCGGAACGCUGCGGUGGCCUUAUUUCCGUUCGUCCAGAGCAGUAACCACAAUGACAUCGACAAUAGUACCUACCGGGCCACCGUCGCCCCAAGCACCCCCCGCACCGCAGGUCGUUGUUUUGCGCUCGAAAAUCUCCCCCUCGCCGGUUGUUGAUCAUCAUCCGAAUCUCACCCCGCCCGUGGUGGGUGGCGUCCGUUCGCCCUCGUUGAAGACUCUGCAUAGCGAUUUGAGUGGACUGCUGGUGAAAAAUCUGAGCUUCAAACGAAGUGGUGACAAUUGUGCAGAAAAGUGUCCCACCAGUGAGGGAAACUUCGGUGAAGAUCUACUGACGGGUGGCGCCUGUGCACCGUGCGAAAAUAAUGAUUGUGAUAGUUUGAAUCUAAUUCAAAACCGAAAGUGGAAUCGUAGCUCGCUAUGCGAUACGUUCAGUUCCGUUAACAAGCUGAUUAAAUUGAAACGGGUCUCUAGUGAUAGUAGUAGCAUUAGUGGUUACACAAAGGUGCACUGUGGAGAAUCGCACAGCAUAAAUCCUCCACCGCAGGCGAAGUUCAAACGAGUGGAAAUCAGUGUCCAAGAGUUUCCCAACGAGGUGGUUGUGCCUCGAAAAAAUAUCAUUGUGAAUCAAUUUGAGCAACUAGCGUUACAUACGAAUGACAGUUUACCCCUUCUGGGUAACAGAGAAGAGGUGAUUGGUAUUGCUGCUGAAGAAGACGAAGAAGAGCAGCAGCAGUGUGAUUCUGUGCAAGAAGAACUUUCCACUGAGGUUGUGAGGUUCGAAAGUUGUGAUAGUGGCAUAGAUAGUAAGGUUCGUCGAAGAGUUUACCACCCGGCACGGUACCGGGGUGGCACUAAGCUGGAGUCUGUAGAAGAGAAGCUCUACAAACGGAGGAGUCUGCAGUGGCCAGUCGAAUCGGCUGAGUGGAGUGGCACCGUGGCGACAUCCACGUCGACCAUUCCGGAGGAAACGGGAGACGGUGUUGGCGAGGAACGGAAAGGGCGAACUAAUUUCAGGCACUCUUGGAACGCACCCGGUUACGACUUGCUGUUGGAGGACGAACGAGGCCAGGAUUCUAGAAAGGACUUUGCAUCGAUUGUGCACAACCUGGCUGGUUUACGGAAUGCCCUCGCCAAUGGGGGAACCCACGAGUCCGCUUCGUUACUGGAACCUCAAUCACCGCAGAUUAGUGGUUUAAAGCCAUCAGUAAUAUCUUCUGGAGGAGGUGUUGGUGGUGUUGGCCAGACUGGUCGUCGCACUGGUACUGGCUGCACACCUACCUCACCGAUUGUUCCAAUAGCGGAAGGACCCCACACAAUAUCACUCGGAAGUGCUGUGCCUCGGAAACGCAGGCUGGAAGCAUUUCUCAAAAGUCUAGUCGGACGGAGGCCUUCGAAGGAACCACCACCAACACCGCCGGUACCGCCAGCACCUCCCCCUCAGCCACUGUUAGUCACUACGGAAAACUUAACUGCACCCCCACUUUUACAAUCGCCAGAGAUUAGGAUUAGUAAAAGUCCCUCUGAACACAAUCUGGUCGAAAUGACGCGAAGCCGACUGAAUAUUUCCACUACUUCGCUGAGUUCCGUUCAUCAGAAACUGUGGUCAGUGGUUCCGUUACUGAAAAAGGAUGUUAGCUGUAACAGUCUUGCACCACAAAAAUCCUUCCCAUUGCUGGGUUCGAAACCUGGCGGUUUGCGGAAGUGUGAAACAGUGCUCGCACUAACCACGACCACCCAAACAGUGGAACCCAUCAAAGCACAAAACCGUCUGCGCAACUGCGUUUCGGUCGCCACGUGCUCCCGUUGUUCUAGUCUUCUAUCUCUCGCGGCCGCCGGUUCGCGAUACUCCCUAAACCUUUCCAAUGGAGGUUUCGUAGCGGUCAGUGGCAAUGUUGAUCAAUCAUCACCGCAGCCAGACAUCGGCAGUGGGAAAACCAUCGGCAGUUUACUGCGGCUAACCAAAACCUCUUCGGAGAAUUCGUCGACAGCUUCUUCGCCCUGUGCUUCCUCAUCGUCCCCGUCGGUGUCCCGUGCGUCAUCGGGAACAUCCUCGUCGUCACCGUCGUCCAGCUGUAGACUAUCGGUAACAUCGAGAGCUGCGAUGCUGGCCCCGCCCAGUCCAACGAUCGUACCGGGAAACCCAUUCGUUUUCCCGACACCGGCAAGCAGCGCAGCGCUCAAUCCCACGGUCAAGUUCACCUGUAAGUUGUGCCUCGGGGAGUUCCGUGCCGAGAAUCUCACGCGAAUUGCGCAGUGCGGCUGUUCGUUCUGUACGGAGUGCAUGACGGCAUACAUCGAGUUCGAGAUCUCCGAGGGUGCGUACGAGGUAUCCUGUCCGGAUGCGAUGUGCCCCGCCCAGGGAAUUAUCACCAUAGGCGAAAUUACGUCGCUGGCAUCGCCAUCGCUGGUGGAGAAACACCACCGGUAUCGACUGAAUAGAGAAGUGGAACUGGACAAAUUCCGAACCUGGUGUCCGCGGGCCGGUUGCGAAACAAUCUGCCUGGUUGGCCAGAACCAGUCGCAGCCGAGCAGCAACUCGUCUUCCGAUAGAAUAGUGCAACUGCAGCCAUCCUCAUCGAACCUUCCUUCGCCCUGUGCCGUGCAUUGUCCUACCUGCCGGGAGGAUUUCUGUUCUGGCUGCAAAAAAGCGUGGCACCCGACCAUGUCCUGUGAAGAGAACACGCGUCGAUUGGCCGCCGACGGUCAGAGUGACGCUCUCGGAAUUCCGUUCGAUAAUGAUCUCAUCAAGUGCUGUCCGAUGUGCGCCGUUCCGAUCGAAAAGGACGAAGGCUGUGCGCAGAUGAUGUGCAAACGCUGCAAACACGUCUUCUGCUGGUACUGUUUGGCCAGUUUAGAUGAUGACUUCUUGCUACGCCACUACGACAAGGGACCCUGCAAGAACAAGUUGGGCCAUUCGCGAGCCUCGGUAGUGUGGCAUCGAGCACAGGUCAUCGGAAUAUUCGCCGGUUUCGGCAUAUUGUUGCUUGUGGCUUCACCGCUACUACUUCUGGCCGCUCCCUGUAUCGUGUGCUGUAAGUGUAGAAUUUGUAGUGGCGCUGCCAAGCUCGAGGAAGCUGAGGCAGACUACGACGAUGCGGCGGUUGCACUGCAGAGUCAUCGAUAAUCAGGACUUAGUCGGGAUGCGAAUGGGAAUGGGAGGGCGAUGUGUGAGGAUGCAUUUUUGUUUGGUUUGGAAUUAAGGAAGAAAGAGAUAUAUUUGUGAUUGAACUGGGGUCCCUGUUCAUGGGAAUGGAAUAAGAUUCUUUAUCCAAAAACUUAAAAUAUAGAUAUUUGAAAUUUUUUCUGAUAAUAUUAUUUUUGUAUAUCGUAAUUUUUCAACGUUGAAAUAUAACAAUGACUAUAUAUCCUGGUUAGGCCAUCUUUAGACAACAAUCUAGUGAAAAGAAGUAUGCGUAUAUUUACUAAAAUGCGGGGUUCGCAACUGAUUCUAUCAUACACUAAAACUGACGAAAAUGCUUAGAAAACGUAAGUUCACUCAAAAAUUGUAUGCAAACACAAACAUACAUCAGAUUUGAUUGCUGAAUGUAAGAACAAUCACUAAAUAUACUCUCAUUAAUCAUUUUACCUUUAGAUUACUUUCAAAACUAACUAUUAAACCAAAUAUGUUAUAUAUCAAUAUGGAUCACUCUGACGAAUCCCAAACAGUUCGAAAACAGUAAUGUCCUCUCGAGUCAAAAAAGGUUACUAAUUCGAAAAUGUUCACUAAAUGGCAUUCAACGUAAGUUGAAAUGUCAAAAAUCAUUCACCAAGAUGUCCAAAUAGAGAUGUUAACAUUUCUAUAAUGAAGUUCGAUGUUUUUUGCUUUUCUCGUAUCAAAAGAUGUUUGAACAUUGGAACCCGACUUUGUUCGUCGAGUUUGCAAAAUGUAUGUGCAAUGUUACGUGAAUAUCAAAAAUGCAACGAACGUCAAUGAUCAUCGUUCGCUUUCCUUCACCGCUGCUUCGCUGCUCGCAUGAAGGCCUAUUCUUUACAGUUGAUAGUCGCAUAAAACAAACCCCCGAAUGUCUAUAAGUGAAUAAGGAUCAAAUAUUCAUGCAGUCAUAAUCGUCAAAACGCGAUUCGCGCUGUCUUGAAAGCAAGCAAACUAAGACGUUUUCGUUUUAUGUGUGCGAUAAACCUUACCCUACCACUCUCCCAUUGCUGCUAGCUUCCGAUGUUUGAUGAAUUUAAUAGAUGAAGAAUGCUUCGCAAAGAAUAAAUUCCAAUGAUCAACGUAAAAACGAUAUUCGAACCAAAUUCGAGAAGUGAAGAAAAUAAACGAAUGUAUAAAACGAACAUGCACGAUGUAUUUGUAAAUUCGGGUUCUCAACGAGCAUUGCUUAGUCAUUUUCACGCUUCACAUGGAUGAAUGAAUCAGUUCCACGAAGAAUGUUUGCAACAUUCAUGUCAAUGUUAUUAACUACGCUCAACUUUCUUGAAAACGGAAUCAAAGAAGCUCUCACAGAGAACUACUCUUCAAGUGGAGGAAAAAAAAUUUAAAAGUCCUGUGAACAUUUUGCUGGUGAAUUCCUUCUUGGAAAUUUUAAUCUUUUGUUGCAUUUCUAUAUCAUCUGUAAGUUUAGUGAUAAAGCUAUAAGCGCUACUUUGGUGAAAUUUCGUUGUUCAAGCGGUGAACGAUUAGCUGCCCCUCGAAAAGAUCAGUAGUAAACAAUAUUUAUUGCAAUAGGCGUCUUUAUUUCAAUUAACUGAAUAAUUGGUUAAAACCAGUGAGACAUUUUUUGCAUUCAUGAAUACAAGUAGAGAUGGGCAAUUCGCUCCUGAGCUGUUCCAGUGAAUCGAAUCAUUGAAGUGAGCUGACAGCUCACAGCUCUUUUCAAAAGAACCGCAGCUCACCAGCUCACUCUUUUGCUACCCAGUUCACUGCAUUAUGACGAAGGGAACACGCUACGAGCUGAUCGGAUCUUCGGCUCUUUAAGAGAUUCAAUUUAGUCGACAUCAAUUAAAGAUAAAUUAUUUCGCAUGGCAUCCAUUGCAUCAUUGCAAAUCAAUGAUUCAAUUUCGAUCAUGCAUUUGAAAAAAAUCGGUGCAUAAUAAAAACGGCGCACAAAAUGAACCUUAAGUUCAAAAUAAAAGAGCUGAUGAGCUGAUACAUCGAAUCGAUUCACUUUGGUGAGCUGAUCGGUUCGGAGCUGUUCACCAAAAUGAGCUGUUUUGCACGCCUCUAAAUACAAGUAACUUUGCUGGAAUUGUGUCAUUGUUCAGUUGCACGAGUGACAGUUCAUUGAAACGUUUCCCCGCAUUGCGUUUUGACUACCUGAGCAGCCAUGGCCACCAGACGGCUACCAAAAUUGAUUCAGUGACGGUUGUCAAAUCCAAUUUGACAAAACAAAAUCGCCUGUAUCUAAGUUUCCCGAGCGUUUUCAUCUUCUCACCUUCGCUGAAAAUGUCAAAGAUUUCAAUGUGGAAAAAUCCUGGUGGAUACGGUUGUAUCGUUUGAGUUGUAUAUCUGGCAGCGGUGAGGCAGUCUGCCAGCCAUAUUCUUCCAGCUGGCAGCGUUUAGUCCGCCAUCUGGCAGCCAUGCGUAUGCGGGUCAUUUUCCCCUUAGGGUGUAUGUCAUUGCUCAACUGUAACGUUUUAUUUCUCGUUUGUGAUGCGUGUCUUUGCUGGGUGUCAUUGCUGAACUGUCAGCACGAUAAAUCAAAAUUGACAGUCCAGUUAAAACAACAAUCGAUUAGUUGUACCAAAUUUUAACCAAUCAAAUUCAGAAAAAACAACUAAUAUUUUAGUUUUUUGCGAUCGCUGUCUUUUCCAUGUACUUUCCGAUGCACUAAUUGACUUUCUGUUUCAAAACACUUCGCAACCAAUUAAGCGUACAGUACCAUUGCAUGACUAGGUGGUACAAUCCUACUACAACCACUAACCUUUUUUUAAUAACUAACAGUGUGACAUUGUACAUUUUAUUUAAAAUAACUGUUUUCAUAUGUUUAGAAUUAUUUUUUUGACUUGUUUCAACGGCACAAAUCUGCGUUCGUUUUCGGUAACUUUUUUCGCCGAGAUCAAAAUUAGGUUUUAAGUGUGUAUAGAGCUUCGGCUUAGAUUUCGAAACGCAUUUCGAUAGCAAAUUUAUUCUUAUCCGGAAACUGCAUUAAGUCCGUUUUAACACAGGGCCGGUGUUUUGAUGGCAUUCGUAUCGAUUCGGGAAGUCCUGUCCAUUGUUCGGUUUUAAAUGCGAUUCGUUUCUUGGCCCUAUGGACGAUGCAAAACUCCGUAUAAACAUUGUCCUGAAUCCGCUUAAAAUCUCAUAUUUUUGCGCAUGAAACCUGGUUUCGGUUUCAUUCUAUUUUCUGGUUUAUGGUCUGCUUUCUUCCGUUCCCGAAAACAUUCAGUUUUCCAAAGCCGCGGCAAAACAACUUCGUAUCUUGCAUGUUUACACCAAUAUUUUACUGCAACGUACCCGUUUCCAUUUUUUUACUGUAAUAAAGAAUGGUCUGAAUAUUUUUUCCCUGUAAAUAUUCUAAUGUAACGUUGAACGAGGUAAAUAACUCUUCGUACUGUGGUGUUCUUCGCUGUAUCUAGAAAAUGUCUCCAUUGUACUUAAAUAUUGUCGGUUUAUCCACGGUUUAUCCGCAAUGCGACAAGCCAUCUUGUGGAGAAUAAGUGUCCUUUUGUUAGCUUUGCUGUCAUAAACACAUAUAGUUGAUUCUAAUGCCUUCGAUCAGUUCAGUAUUCCGAGUUACACUGUUGCUUUUUGCUUGUCACAUUCCAGACACACGGGUGGACUGGCCAUUUACGCCAGAGAAACGAUUAAAUUCAGCAUUCAGUCAAACAAAGCAGUUGGAGAUAGAUGGACCUGGUUAUAUCAGUUUAAAAAGGCUUGCCGAUGGGAAGUUAUGCAGUUGUAUAUCAUUCUCCUAGUUAAAGCGAUCGCCAGUUUCUGGAAAUUCUAGAAAACUGGUGAGAAAGUUUUGUAGACUUGAGUAAACUUAAUAUUGUUGUGGGAGAUUUCAAAGUUGAUUGGUGCAGCGAUCAGAGUACGAAUCACUUAAAACAGUUAACAGAAUUCUUCAGUUUCAAAAAAACUUUGAAUGAAUUUCGAGACAUAGCAGAACUUUGAUAGAUCACGUAUAUUCCAAUUUUGACGGAGUUCAUUCGUGUGUGGAGACCGAUUGCAAGAUUUCAGAUCAUGAGACAAUUGCAAUUUCCAUAGCGAGUACCCCUAAGAUGGGAAAAACACUGAAAAUAAAAUGCUGGAAAAAAUAUUCAAAGCAAGCUAUAUCUCGACUUGUGUCAAGAAGAUCAGCUGAUUAACUAUUAGAACUCGAACAGUUUGCUAAUACCGGAACAAUCGGGAUAUCGGAAAAGUCACUCUUGCGAAACCGCUUUAAACCUGGUUUUAGCAAAAUGGUAGGAGAAAAUCAAAACUAUUUUUGCAGUGUUCUUGAAUCUCAUACGCGCUUUCGAAACAAUUUCUAGACCUAUACUGUUACAAACACUACAACGGUUUGGUAUCGGAGGAGUAGCAUAUAGGGGUAGAUGGGGUUAAACAUACCCCCUAACGAAAUGUAGCUAUAUCUUAACUAUAGAGAAUAACACGGAAGAGUUUCAUGCAUGACUAUCUUCCGUAAUCAUUAUUUCUCAAAAUUACGUACAAAUACUCGCUGAAUGCAUUGAAAAAUACUAAAUAUCUUAUUUUACAAAACCCUUAAAAAUUGUCUAUUGAAAUAUAUGCGGAGCAUGACGCCCGAUCGUGGAAAACAUGAAAUAUAUACAUUUUAAAUUACGCGAAGUGACGAUUAUCUGAACAUAGAGACAGGAUGAUCUUAAACAACGGGUAAAUAUCCAUCAAAACAACGGAUUAAAGCUCAUGACAACCACGGGGCAAUAUGCACAAUCAUAAAGCUUCUUCUUCUACUUAUUUAAAGAAAGCUUUCGACUUUUCGUUGACGAAAUAUUUGCCAGGUGGAAGAUUGUUCACCAUUAUUCAUUAAAUUGAUAACUUAUGGAUAAUUUUUGUGAGCGAAUUCUUGAGCAUUUUGCCUCACACAAUUCGGGUCGUUUUGUCCCCAAAAAUAUGAGACGAUAUAUUUGAUGAUUUUUCUAUAAAAUUGCAAAUACAUCGUCUAUAUUAGAACUAAUUUUAGAAAUCCGAAUGGUUGGCAAAGAAGUUCGCUGGUUACAUAAUUAAAAUCGUCUUCCUCACCCUAGAAAAUUACUAAGGAACGAACAUAAAAAAUUACUUAUAACAGAUACAUAAUUCGUAUCCAAUUUUUUCAGAUAUUAUUGAACCAUCGCUACCAAAAUUUUAUAGUAAUCUGUUGUUAUGGCGGACUUUCAGUAUCAUUAAAAUGUCAGUGAAUAAAAUUGGUAACUUUUGAGAAAAGCAAAAAGUGCAUUACGCCUCGGGGGUACGUUUUACCCCAUCUUCCCCUAAGUGGUCUGAAAGCAAUUUAUUUGAUAGAACCCAGAGAAUUGUUUUCUACGAUGAUGUGUCUAGUUUCCAGGGUAUUUCACUUGGUGUGCCACAGGGUAGUAUUUUAGGACCGAUUUCGUUCAUUAUGUACAUAAAUGACAUGAAGCGAGUUUUGCGGUUUUGCGAAAUAAAUUUGUUUGCUGACGGUACUGUUCUGUUCAUUACAGCUAAGCGAUUGGAUGAAGCGGUUGCACAUUUGAACGAAGACCUAGAUUCUUUGGCUCAGUGGUUAAAAUUCAAACAAUUAAAACUGAAUGUCACAAACAGAGCUGCUAAAUGUCACUAUCAACUAGCAACUUUGCACGACGAAGAUUGGAAAGCUUAUGUCACUGGACUGCUGCCAACCAGGCUCUACAAAUUACCAUAUAUCUGCCAUAACUUAUGUCGUUUUCGUUUUUAAAUUGCACUACACCGGUGUAGCGAAAGGUGCACUGAAUCCGUUCGUUUUUACCAAUUGCACUACACCAGUGCUACACUUUUUCUGCACCGAUACCACUGGUGUAGCACUCAUCAAAAGUUUGGUGUAGCUCUGUGCAAUGAAAUCGUUUAUUGUAGUCAAUGGUUACUGUUUAUGUUUUCGUCAUUUUUGUUCGUUUAUUCAUGCCUCAGUGUAGCACUGCACCGGUGUAGUGCAAAUUAAAAACGAAAACGCCAUUAAAUUCUCUUGAUAUUACACUCACCAGGACUCUCAUUGAUUGCCGUUGCGAUUGAUAUUAUCUUCAUUUCUCCUGUCACUGAUCGGUCGGAUCGGCCUAAUGCGGAUAGCCGUUUACAGUUGACGAUGAUUUUAGUCAAACUGUCAAGGUCAUAUGACAUGACUGACAAUUUGGAGCUCUGGUCACAAAAACUAAAUAUAUGAUUAUAAUAUAUGAUAUGAUUCCUUAAGCACUGAAGAUGAAGCCAAUAUGUUGAAAUUGAUGGAGAGAUUAUUGAUCGCGUUAGAGAGUUGAAGUAUCUUGGAGUCAUAAUUGAUGAAAAGCUAACAUUCAAAUCGCGCGUUAACUACGUCAUCAAGAAGGUUGCCAAAAAGUAUGGUGUACUAAAAUGAUUUAACGACCAGUAGUAAAAUUCUCCUGUAUAAAUCAAUAAACUCUCCUCACAUUAACUUCUGCUCAUCGAUUCUUUUCCUUGCUAAUAUUCUAUUGUAUGAAACAGAGAGUAAAUUAUUUUAAUUUAAAUUAUUAUUAAAGUAGGUGAUAAGCGAUUAUAAAUACACUUUCCUACUCAAUACUUGAUCGGAGAAAUAGGUAUAAAGCGAGAAGACUAGUGUUUGAUGGACAGAGAAGAUGUUUGGACGUAAGGUAUCGGUCGGGUGACGGCCAGGAUGUAGACCAUGUUCUAUGUACGUUCUACUAUGUCUGACUGGCGUUUUAGAGUGACUAAAACAAGAUUCAGAGUGGCGAAAUGGUAGCGCGUAUGCACGGAAUGCAUAAGAACGCAGGCUCGAGUCCUGUCUCUGAGCGUAUCUUUUUCCAAUAAAUCAUCUUUUCUUUUAGUUUUUCAUUCCUUUGGCUUCUCCAAUAUAUGUUUCCGCUCAGUCAUUGCAAAAACUGAAUUAUUUAACAGUUUUCAAAAUCUUAAAUGGAAUGCUGCCUCGAUAUUUGUGUGAUCGGAUUGAAAGAGGAAGUGACUUGCAUAGGUACAAUACUAGAAAUGCGUCUGAUGCGAGAACACCACGGUUUUCUAUCGGUCAGAUCGCAAAAGGCUCAUUAUUGUACAAAGGAAUUAGUUUUUUUUUCAAUUCGAUGCCAGAACGAAUCACGCGAACUGCAACAUUAAGGGAGUUCAAAAAAUUGUUUAUUUCACACGUAAAAUCUGUUCUGUAAUUAGAUCUUAAAGAAAUCAGUGCAAUUUGAUUUUUUCGAAAAUUGUGUAGCAUGACGAAGAUUGUAUUUAUUUUAUUUUUGUUUAUUAUUCUAUUAAGACGCAUUAUCAGGAAUCAGGAAUCAGAACAAAUUGGCUCAAAUGGCACGUUCCCCUUGAUAUUUGGAGAUUUGUGCCUUGCCAUCAAUUUGUUUUUAGCAUCAUUUUCCCGAUAUAUAAGAGGGAAGGAUUGAAAGGAAAUGGUAAGGGUUGGACUAGGAGGAUGGGAAAAAUUGACGACACAAAAACACAUAAAAGCAGAAGUAAAUUCUGCACCCCUAAGGGAUGCCGAACAAUCUGCUGAGGAUCACAUUUAGUGGAAGCAGAAGUAAAUUCUGAACCUCUACGAGGUCCCGAACAGUCUGCUGUUAAUAAAACCUCCAACCCCCGAGAGGAUUUAGAGAUCUUACAAAAGCGACACCAUUCUGAACUCCCGGAAGAAUGCAGAACGAUUCGCAGUAUGUACGAGCAGAAGUAAAUUCGGCACCCCCUAAAGGAUGCCAAACAAUCCGCUAAACCCUAUUUAAGGUGAAUACAUUCACUCCAGGAAGAACGAUGAACCCUUCUGACUAUAGCUCCUUACCACAUUGGGUGAGAAACGAGAGAAUAUCCUUCAAUUUUAGCUCCGCAUACACAGACUCAACCAUGUAUGGAGAACCAAAAACCCGGAUACGUAUCUGCGUCAAUGCGGAACAGUUACAUAUCAGAUGAUAUGAAGUACCAUAAUCGCAUUCACACAAAUCACACGAAUAAUACUCAGCACGUUGAAUAGUAGCCAUGUGAUAAUUGAGUUUGCAAUGUCCAGUCAGAGCUCUGACCAGAAUACUGCAAUGUUGCUUGGAGAAAUGCAGUAGACACUUUGACAUUUUCAGAUUUAAAUCUGGUAGAAAUGCUUUUGUCUGAGCGCAAGUUUGCAAGCUGCGCCAGUAGCUGGCAUGUUUGGAUGCAGCCCAAGAACGAAUCUUGUGCUUUAUCCAACUAGUUGAAAGUGGUAAAGCUGGUUCAGGACCAACGAAAUCAUUCGUUGCACCAGCUCUAGCCAACUCAUCAGCCCAUUCAUUUCCAGUAAUACCAGAAUGGCCGGGUACCCAUAAGAAGUAAACAGCAUUUGAAAUGCUGAGGUCUUCAAUUUGAGUUCGACAUGCGAUCACUAGAUUCGACCGUGAGUCAUUCGAACUGAGUGCUUUUAAGGCUGCCUGACUGUCGGAACAAAAAUAAAUUCGUUUACCACAGAUCCUCUGCUGAAGUGCCGAUUGUACUCCACACAGAAUCGCGUAGAUUUCUGCUUGGAACACAGUACAGUAUCUACCGAGUGAAUGAGACUGCUCCAGCCUCAUUUCACGACAGUAGACACCAGCACCAGCACGACCAUUCAACAGAGAACCGUCCGUAUAACAAACUAUGUGUUCAUCAAGUUGUCGUUCCAGACAACCAGACAACCAUUCCUCACGAAGAGGAUAGCUCACAUGGAAUGUUUUGAAAGGAAAACUGCAUGUGAGAGUUAGGUCACUAGGAGCGAGUAAAUACUCAUCCCACGGAACCAUUUGAGACCACAAGCGAGUGUGGCUGGUAGCAUAAUCUAAUGGGUUACUGUUUCAAAGCCCUGUAACCUUAAGACGGUAUGCACAAGAUAAUGCUUCUUGUUUUAGGAACACAUGUAGUGGUUUAAUGCACAGUAGCGCCUCUAGAGCAGCAGUAGGAGUUGUCGUGAAUGCUCCUGUCAUCGCCAUUAGGACCAUCCUUUGGAGAUGAUUUAGCUUUGACUGAACUGUUGCGACUUCUCCUUUCUGCCACCAUACAAGACAUCCAUAUGCUAAAAUUGGUCUAACAAUAGUUGUGUAGAUCCAAUGAAUAUAUCUGGGUUUGAGUCCCCAUGAUUUUCCAAAAGCUCGUCUGCAUUGGCCGAAAGCCAUACAAGCUUACUUAAUCCUGAAGUCAAUGUGAGCAGACCAAUUCAGUUUUGAGUCAAGAAUAACCCCGACGUAUUUAACUUGAUCGACCACAGUGACCCCUGAACCGAAGAACUGUAACGGACGAGCUCCUGUGAUUAUCCUACGAUGAGUGAAAAGCACCAUUGAUGGUUUGCCCGGAUUUACAGACAAUCCAACCUGACAACACCAUUGUUCAACAGAUCGCAGGGCUUGCUGCAUUAAAUCAAAGAGAGUGUUAAUGCUUAUACCGGUCAUCAAUAUAUGAUAAUCGUCGGCAAAACCAUAAGUCGGAAAUCCAAGGUUAUUAAGUUUCCUUAACAAACCAUCAGCGACUAGGUUCCAUAAAAGUGGGGAUAGUACACCACCUUGAGGACACCCACAGACACUCAGCUUUCUAAUCUCUGCUUGCCGAAGCGAUGAACAAAGAAGUCGAUUGCUAAGCAUUGCGUGUAUCCAAUUUGUGAUACUUGAAGGUAUGCCAUGACCACGGGCUGCUUCCAGAAUUGAAUUGAAAGACACGUUAUCAAAGGCACCUUCAAUAUCUAGGAAAACUCCCAAGCAAGAUUGCUUUUGUGAGAAAGCUUUUUCAAUGCUGUACACAACAUCAUGUAACAGGGUUGUAGUGGACUUUCCACGCUGGUAAGCAUGUUGCAUUCCAUGUAGCGGUUGCACGCCCAGACUAACAUUCCUGAUAUAGUGAUCGACUAUGCGUUCCACUGUUUUAAGAAGAAAUGAGCUAAGACUGAUAGGCCUGAAACUCUUCGCUUCCUCAUAAGUGUCGCGACCGCCUUUGGGAAUAAAUUUGACAAUUAUUUCCUGCCAGACUCUUGGAAUAUAUCCAGUCGCAAGACUAAAAGUAAGUAUUUUCUUCAAAACAUGUUUGAAAUGUUCAUACCCUUUCUGCAGUAACACUGGGAAAACUCCAUCCUUUCCAGGAGAUUUGUACGGAGCAAAACUCUCAACUGCCCAUUUGACCGAUUCAAUCGUCACAACGCUUCGAGCAAGGGCCCAAGAAUCGUAACUACCUGAAAAAGUCUCGGGAAGAGCUGUCGGUGAUGGAUCCAUACAUCCUGGAAAGUGAGUGUUAAAAAGGCAGUGAAGUACAUCACUUUCAUCAGACAAGUGUUCACCAUCUGAAGUUCUUAAGAAACUGACAUUAAAGUCCUUAGACUUCGAAAGUAACUUAUUUAAUCUGCUAGCCUCGUUGAGACUAGAGACAUUUGUGCAGAGGCUUUUCCAACCACUUCGCUCAGACGAUCGAAGAGCAUUUUUGUAAGCCCUUCGAGCCAACACGAAUGCCUCCGACCCAUCUCUGCGUCGGUGGUUCCAAGCUCUUCUGCAUAGUUUCCUUAGUCUAGCAAGUUCAGCAUUCCACCAAGGAGUUCCUCUAGUAGCUCGCACAAUCCGAAGUGGACAAGCCUCUUCAUAUGCUGCAACUAUGAGUGAAUUUGUCUCGUCGACAACAUUUUCCAAAUCAAUUGGGGUUUCAAUUGUUGGUUGGUACCCGUAAAAUCUAGUCGCCAAGCCCUCUUCAUAGAGGUCCCAGUUUGUAGAUUUGGGAUUACGAUAUGUGACAAUAUCAAAUUUAACGUUUGAAUGAUCAAAGAAUAUGUACUUAUGAUCAGACAACGAAGGUUCGAGCUCAUCGGAGACGAGCCAAUUCACCAACUCAUGCGCAAUUCUAUCAGAGCAGAGAGUUACGUCCAAAACCUCCUCUCUUCCAGAUCUCGCAAAAGUUGGGCGGUUUCCUGCAUUGACUAUGUGCAGGUUUGUACUGCUCACGAAUUCCAUCAUAUCAGAGCCUCUCGAAUUUAUAUCUGUGCUGCCCCAAACGAUAUGGUGAGCAUUUAUGUCACUGCCGAUUACAAGCGGUAAAUCACUCUUGCAGCAGUAUGAUACAACCUUUUUGAAGUCAUCGCUUGGCGAAGGUUGGUUAUGCGGUAAAUAUGCCGAACAAUAGACAUAUUUCCUGUCUAUGCCAUCAAUAGUCAUACCAACUGUGACAGCACAAAUAUCCCGAGUUGUGAGCUCCGAUAUGAGAGAGACAUCGAGAGCACUAUUUGCAAGUAUGCAUGCUCGAGGCAUUUCACGUGGAUUAGUCAUACCGAUCUUGUUGAAGGCAACAAAGACUGGGUUUAACAAUUUUCCAACGUAGAAGUUUCCCUUUUGGAAAUAUGGUUCUUGAACCAAAGCUAUAGAAGCUUUACCUUCUUGAAGAAGUCUGGAUAGAUUCAUAGUUGCUGUACGUUUAUGCUGAAGAUUGAUUUGUGCCACUCUAACCAUUAUAAAUUAGAGUAACGAACAUUCCACCUCCAGCACCAACCGUACAACAACUACAAGAAACCAAAUAUAUUGGCUUAUAAUCGCCUAUAGCGAACCAUGUAAGGAUUUUUUUAAAUGUUAUUAUCAUUUAAAUCCCACGAGUUGCGAAGAAAGAAGUCGUCCACUGUGCCAGAGCUUCGCUUAACACAGUAAGGGAACAUCCCAAGAUAUUCCGUUCACGACUGCAUUGUUUAACCUCCUGCAGCCAUUCAGCCAUCGGCACGGAAAUACACCUUGGCUUAGGAGUUCCUAUUUUUGUGGCCUUUUACGACAUGGAACAGGAAACCAGUGGAUCAAUUCUUGGUAAAAAAAAUAAUUCCGCCGGAUGCCACACGGCUUACCUGUUUGGUGGACUUAUACCACCGGUACAGGUGGACCGUAGCGUUAUUCUUAGCCAGUUGGGAAACCGACACUACACGGCUAUCUAGGCUGCUCAGAGAGGGAAGUUGACAUUGAUGGUCAACUUCCAUGGAUGGCCGAGCAGCCGGCAUUAAGUUGUUAUGUUCUGUAUGAUGAUGAGGAUGGAUUUUGAAUUGUUUGUUUCAGAGUUAAAAAAUAUAAGUUGUCUACAAAAGUAUGAGCCUUGCGCGCUCAAAGCAGGUAGAGGCAAUCUGGAAUUUGAAUAUGACUGGAACUGGAUAUGUUCUGUGUGGAAAGUUCGAAUCUUGACUUUGUUAGAUUUUAUUAAUGAUUUGUUGAUUGUAUUUCGGAAACUAAUCGGGAUCGGGCUUGGCUCUGCUCAACCGCAGUCUCGUUACUCCAUCGUAGCUGAUGUUUUUAUAGCGGUAAACUGGUCCGGCGGGAAGGGCCUGGUGAAUGACUGUCUGAUACUGAUAAUGAUAUCGGGUUCGAUUCUUUGUUAAAGGAUCUUCCCGGGUAGGAAAUUUUUUUGAAUAACCCUGGAUACCGGAACCGGAAAUAUUUUAAUGUUUUCUUGUUCUCAGUUGUACUUUAGAAGGAGAAUCUAUACCUGCUGCAUUAACCAGAUCGUUUUAUAUUUAGUUAACUGGUUAAAAUUUGUGAUGUAAUAUUUAUUAUCAUCUAGAUAAAUCAUUCAGCGCACACCUUUGUAUAGGGGUAUGAGGCAAGACCAUCAUCAUCAUCAUGGCUAUUCUUCGCUAGUCACUCAAGAUACCAAUACUUCGUAAGUCACCAUCUACUUCAUUCGAUCCUUAUUUUACUUUCAAAAUUCAAAAACUCACUGGAUAUGUUGCAAGAUUGUUUAGUACUAAUCUGAUUUGUUAUUUACACCAUAACAAAUAUCGUCAUAGUUACGGCGCAUCUAGCGAUUUGGCGCGGAGUCGCGUUCAAAUAAUAUAUCAAAAUCAAUAACUAUUCUAGAUAGAAUCAGUUUCGGAUCCCCACGCCCCCUAUGACGAAACCCUAAGUCACUAUUUAAAUUCUAGGAAUCUAUGACUUGUGGGUGGAUUGUGAUAUGACAGAAUUAUUGCGUACGUUUAUUGCUAGCACCGGCAGUUGUUAUUACCAUUUCGACAGGAUGACCCUUCUUUAGUCAACGCAAAUCACUACAAAAAUCUUACAGUAAGAUUUAGUAUAGCAAAAAACAAGUAAUCGUAGUCUCUCAAUAUAUCCUAACUAAUAGACUUCUGAAGUACGAAUCAAUGCAAGAUCUUUUCGUUUAAUUUGAAGCAAACUCUAUUUUAAUUAUGAAGUUUGAUGAUUCAAUAAUCAAGUAGAAUAGUAAGAUCGCUAAAAAAUGGAAGUUAUAAAUGUUAACUGAAUUGUGAUAUUUAAUAAACAAAAAAAAAACAAGUGAUUCGAAUUACGAGUAGUUGCGAGAAACAACAGAUCAACACGUGUGCAACAAAGUAAAUAACAAAUGAAUUGGAAUACAAAUUCAGAUCAGUGGAAACAUACACCUCGGACUUAGUGUCAUUUAUUCAAUUGAUGGAGAUCAAAAUAAUAGAUUAUAAACUGUAGAAAACAAUUGUUUUGUUAGCUAUAUCUAGUUUGAUACUCUCAGCUUUCCGUUUCGUUUGAUGAUCAAAUUCAGAAUUUACUUGCUCCAUGAGAUAUUUCUAUUGUUUCCGAAUGUGUAUUGUGAGAAAGCAACAUAUCUCGAGCAGAUAUUUUUGACACGCAUUGAGUUUUUACCAUUUGCGUUCGGGUGUAUGUUGUUCCAUAAGGUUGAGAAAAUCGAAAAACAAAGAAACAUUUUAUGCUAAGCGGCACGAGUUUAACAGAACAGAUGUACUCUUUUUAAUAGCUGACAGAGCAGAAACAGUAGUUAAAAUAGUAAAAUCAAAAAUCCCGUCGAGUGGUUUCAUCGUAAAAUCUUCGAACUCAUCAGUAUAUUGUGACCUGGACUGUGACAAAUUAUUCAUAUUUAAAUUUCAUCGUACUCGUUGUCGUUGCAAAACACUUUUUUUAGCCCUCUUCAGAAGUUACAACACUAUUCCUGGUUAAUCGCAUGCCUAUAAUCGAACUGAUGCGAAAUAGUUAGUAGACCCCGCAUGUCCUGUGUUGUCACAACUCGGUGGUAUUGCGCUCCGUCAACGAGAAGCAGCUGAGGGAAAUACUAAAUUUUCCUCGCUACGAUGGACAUGGAAGAAAUAAAACACAAAUCGACAGUGUGCAAGAUUAUCGAAUACUUAUUGGUCCGAGUGCUUACCAAUUUAUGAUAUGUAUAGAGUAGAGGUGAGAUUGUUGGAGCUAUGAGCGAAUAAAAUGCUAAUUUGCGAACAAGUAUGUGAUUGAAUGUAAAAAAAUAAUACAGCUGAGCUUGGCUUGGUGAUCAUUGUUUAUGUAACUCAAAGCAUCCGAAACGUGUACCAUUCUUUUGGUCCCAUCAUCAGAUUGAUACACAUUUCCGGGCUUUGUGGUAUUGAAGAUAACGAUUGUAAUGAAUAUAUAAUACAUUAUUUAACGUAACUGUAGCGUAGCUAAAGCGAAGAUAAAUUAAUAUGAUCGAAUAAAACCAUACAUAAUAAUA